CUCAGUUCAAACUCGGGAGAUGGCGGGUAUUCCUGAAACGGUGUUGGUCUCCGCCUCGCAGGGUCAAGAUGCUCGGACCUCCUCAGACUCCCAGGCCUCGGCACCCGCCUCUGCGCUAGAGGACUUCCGAGUGCGCUGCACCUUGAAAAGGGCUGUGGUGGAAGUGAUGGAGCUGUGCGGUCGCUUCGUGCAGGAGCUCGGGGCCGCGCUGCCGGAGGACAUCCGAGAGCUGGCGCUGCGGGACGCGCAGUGGACUUUUGAGUCGGCUGUGCAGGAGAAUGUCAGCAUCAAUGGACAAGCCUGGCAGGAAGCUGCAGAUCAUUGUCUUAUGGAUUCUGACAUCAAAGUUCUUGAAGAUGAAUUUGAUGAGCUCAUAGUAGAUGUGGCAACAAAACGUAGACAGUACCCCCGAAGGAUCCUCGAGAGUGUCAUCAAAACCCUGAAAGCACAGCAUGAGAUUCUGAAGCAGUAUCGCCCUGUUGUACCUCCCUUGGACCUGAACUGUGACCCGGACCCAGCUUCUCAUGUGGAAAAUUUGAAAUGCCGUGGGGAUGCCAUAGCUAAGAAAAUCAAUGACGCCAUGAAGGCUUUGCCUCUGUUAAUUGAACAAGGAGACGGCUUUUCCCAGGUCUUAAAGAUGCAGCCUAUCAUCCAGCUGCAAAGGAUCAACCAGGAAGUCUUUUCAAGCUGUUCCAGGAGAGCAGAUACCAAGCCCGACAAGUCUGUAACACAAGUAGAAACCACGCCAACUGAGAUUGCAGCCAGGAAAGCCUCGAAUAUAGUGCUGAAGAGAAAGCAUGCCCCAGACUGCUCCCAGAGAAAGCGCUACCCGCUGCGGCCAAAGAGAAUUGAUCUGGAUGUAUGAGCUCUGUUUGUUGGGGGAUUGGAAGUUAGUGCUCUCAGCAUCCAGGUCACGGUCUGCUGCCCCAGGGGACUUCAUUGAAAGUAACUGUGACUAUGUACAGGUGCAGUGCACCAUUCUGCUUGUCCUGGGCUGGGUCUCCCUCUGCAGUGGGUAAAAAGCCUGUGGAGUAUUGCACAGACCCAUCAGUGUCCUCAGAUGCUAUCAGUCCCAGCUGCCUUGCAGCCUUCAAGGCAUCCCAGGGAGAUGUGCUCUGAGGGGUUUUCUUGAUGUGCAGCUUUCUCUGUGUGCGAAGCUGUGAGGUGGUUCUUUGAGGCUUGUGGACUGGUGUUGGCUCUGCACAGCAGCCCACUUGUUGCUAGUCCAGUUAAUCAGAUGAACGCACAGAAGAUGGGCCUGGCCUUGGCUUUGUUCCACAGACACUUAAUUCACAAUUUUAGGGUUUUGUUUUGUAAGAUAAAGGAGAAGGCUAUUAUUUGUGCAGGAAAUUAAAAUUUUUUUGUCUGUUUUCAAGACAGGGCCUCUCUGUG